AUGUGCGACAAUUACAUCGAUGUUGAUUUGCGCGAACCCGAGACUAAGCCCCGGAUCGCAGUCCACGUCCGGAACGUUAACUUCAGUUAUACAAAGAAUGCGGUCGUUUUGGAGAGAAUGAACCUUAAGAUCGAGGAGGGUAAAAUCUUCGGACUCUUGGGAUCCAACGGCUCGGGAAAGACCACAUUAUUGCGGCUAAUUCUCGGUCGCCUUAAACCACACUCGGGUUAUGUGAGUGUAUUCGGCCGUAAGCCGGGAACUGUGGGCUCUGACGUUCCCGGCCCGGGGGUCGGGUAUAUGCCUCAAGACGUGGCCCUGUAUUACGAGUUCACAAUCGAGGAGACGCUCACGUAUUACGGACUUUUGAAUCACAUGACGCCCGAAGACAUCAACAUUCGGAUCAAUUUGUUGACCGAUUUGCUAAGCAUUCCGGACCGGAAGCGAGUGCUCACUAAAUUGAGUGGCGGUCAGCAGCGGCUCAUCUCAAUGGCGGUCACAAUGAUUCACAGCCCGAGACUUCUGAUUCUGGACGAGCCCACAGUUGGCGUCGAUUCGUUGAUCCGGUGCCGCAUUUGGACAUAUCUGGAGAAUAUAUCCAAAAAUGACGGAGUGACAAUAAUAGUGACCACGCAUUACAUCGAAGAGGCCAAGAGUGCGGCGUAUGUGGGCUUUGUUAGCAAUGGUUACCUAUUGUCACAGUCGACGCCCCAACAGCUUCUCAACCAAUAUCGGGUGAAAACAUUGGAAGAGGUCUACUAUAAGUUGGCGAUCAUAAGGCGUCGCUCCAGACGUAUGUCACUCAACCCAUUGCUCUUCAAUGACGCGAAGGACGCCCAGGAGGUCGAGACCGAAAACCAGAAGUUCGACUACAGGGGCCGUAAUCACGGCUUUAUAAACAUGGGUCGUAUGUCAGCCCUCUUGUGGAGAAAUUAUAUCAAACUGACCCGAAAUCCACUGAUGGUUAUCUGCUUUUAUGCGUUAUCAGCACUUAUAGUCACAUUGAUGUCACUUGUCUUCACUCAGAAUUUUGAAAACAUUCCGAUCGCCAUAUAUAACGGCGAGAGACCCCCGGAGUUGAGCGAACUGUUCCUGAAGCACAUCGACGACCGCAAAAUUCAUGUCACACUUUACGACAGUUACGAGAGAGCCGUCCAAUCCGUGAUCGACGGCCAGAAUCUAAUGUCAUUGGAUUUUUCGGCCAAUUUUUCGGCCGGAGUUGAGGAGCGCUUUCAAUCGCCGCAAGACGUGUCCGAACAGGCGAUCCUCGAUAGCCAAGUGAAGAUCACUGUCGACAUGUCCCGACCCAUUGUGGCCGGAGUCACCGAUUUGGCACUUUUGAGUACAUUAAACGCUUUCAUUAAGGAGUACAGUGUGUCCCUCGACUACAAUCCGCUAUCGUUUUCGAUGCCGUUUGAUUUGAACGCCUCCUACUAUUCGUUUAAGCCAUCGUUUAAAGAUUUUGUGGCCCCGGGAAUGCUGUUGGCCAUACAGUACGGCCUAAACAUGGUAUUAACGGGCGCAUUGGAUGUGCUCUUAAUGCUCAUCGUUCAGGGCAUGCAUGGGAUGGUCUUCGGUAUGAUCUUAUCGCUCGCCGUAUCCAACGAUUACAACGUUAUCAUGGUGAUGGCACUGACCACUUUGCCCUUAUGGAUGGUGUCGGGCCUGUUAUGGCCGUUAGAGUCGCUGAGUGAUCUUGCGCACAUAGCGAUAGGUCUUCAAGUGCUGGAUCAGUCUCUCUUUGGCAUUGCCAUCACCGGUGGCCGAGUUGAGCACAAUACGACCAUGGGCUAUUAG